AUGUGGGACCAAACGGGACGUGUUUGCCCUGAGGAACUGCAGCCAAACAGCAGGAAUUACAAACAGAAUUCUGGUGACAGCAGAAGAAAACGCAAUAAUUAUACUAGCACACUUAAAGAACUGGCUCAGAUGUUGCCCAUCCCUUUGCAAACUAGCUGCAAGAGGCUGACAAAGAAAGAAAUUCUUCUCCGAGUCCUCCGCUACAUUGAGCACUUGCAGGCAAGCAUUGAUACAGCCAGAUCGCUGCUCCCGGUCCAUUGUGGUGAGAAAAAAGGAGGGUCUGAGCAGGCAGUGCCAUCUGCUCUGAAGAGAGGGCGAAGAGAAAGCACUCCACGGGCAAAGAAAGCCAAGCCACUGGGUGUAUGCAAGAAACCAAGGAAGAGAAGGCGCACCCGUAAAUCAGAGCAGCAAGGGGCAAGCAAGAAGGCAUGCAAGUGUCUUGUUCUCGAGGCUGGAAAGGACACUUCCCAAACUGAUGCAUGCAGUAAGGAGAACCUGCCCACCAUGGGAGAUGCAUCCUCGGUUCUUUUGCCUUCCCAGAAGCAGUCCUCUUUCUUUUCUGGCUUCCAGGUUCCAGUACUAGAAUCUUUCCAACAUGCAAAUGCUGCCUUUCUGGACAUCACCAAAGACUGGAAUUUGUGUAGUAAUCCAGAGGCAAGCAAGGGUGAUGAUGUGUUUUCUGCUUGCGCGGCACAAGUGGCUUAUGAUGAACUGCGCCAAUACACUGAAGGGCCUGGACAUUCACUGAUGGGGCAGGAGCUAGUGUAUUAUUAUUCCUCUUGUGAGGAAGAAGAGGAAGAAGGACCUGGCACAAGCCCUUGGCUCUCAACCCAGUCCCCUGUGGGCAUUUCCCAUGCAGGGACCCUGCAGCUAUGUUCUUCUGGGGCUGAGGCCCAAAGCAACACUUGCUUGGAUCUGGGGUUGAGCCCUUCACUUUUCUCCUCUCCUGCUCGACUGCUCCCCAGGCACAUCCUGCAAGGCAGCCAGGAGGAACUUUCUCCAGUGUUGUUUGAAGAUGUGUAUCUUUCCCCCCAGUCUAAUAGUUUUCCUCAGACCCUUUCAGGAACCCUGUUAAGAAAGUCGGCAUUCACAUUGGAUCACUGCUACCUUUCCUACAGCGAAACGGUUAAAAGUGAUUCCAGCCCCAUGUCAAGAGUGAAUGAGAGCACCUCUUCAUGGAACAAACAAUUCUUUUCAGAGGAGGCUUCCACCAUCAAGAGCGAGUAUCCAGUGUCUUCCAGUGAUGAGAACAGCGACAGCACCUGGACACCAUGCAAGAGAGUGAAGCUACCCCAGGCAGCCUGUCAGAAGAAGAAGAAAGUGGGCAGGAGGCAGCGGCGCCGUGAGAAACGCAGCAACUCGGCUCCCUUGCAGCUGAAGAAGAAAUGUGUCAAUGGAUUCAUCAUGUUCUGCCGCCUGAACCGCAAGCACUACAUCCGCGCUUGCCCAGGCAUGGCCUCCACAGCUGCCACAAGAGAGCUGGCCCAGCUGUGGCGCAUGAUGACGAAGCAGGAACGGAAGCCGUACUGCAAGAAAGCUCGGAGAUUCAGCCGCCUGAACAAUCGCAUUGUGAGGGAUGACUUUUCCAGUGGAGAAGAGGAUCCAGAACCACUCAAACCUUUCCAUCUGUUGCUCGCGGAGAAAUCAUUUCCUGUUGCUCAGAACUUUGGUGACUACUCUUUGCUAGAGCUUAUCCCCUGACUCAUCGCACAGUAAAAGGUAAUGGCGUAUCAGUUCCUGGAAAGUCUCCCACACACACACACACUGAAUGUUACUGAUGAUUGAGAAGCUUCCCUCUGGAAAGAGUCUGCAAUGUAGCACCUACCUUUCCUCUCUGCAGCAAUGUACCAGGUGAUGGAGUCUCUCUAGACCCUGUUGGUUCUGGCACUGUUAAGGGGCAGUAGUGUAGAGGGUAGGAAAGGGGAAGGAGGCCUUUACCACCAACGAUGCACAAACCCCACCCAACUGCUGCUGCUUUUUACUGCUUGCAAAUAUCCCAGCCUUACCACGGUGUUGUCCGCUGCUACUCCUCAAGCUUACCAAAAGCUGCUUCCUAUGGGAAAGGAAAAUCACAGAUGGAUGUGCCCCUUUGGUACUUCCAGAUUGCCUACUAACCACCAUGUGCUCAAUGUUCUCCCCAACUUGUGACCCAAAGCAGGGUAUGGUGGCAGCCACUGUGGCAACAUCAUUGGCAAAAAGGAGAGAAGUCCACAGGUCUGGCUAAUGGCACCAUGAUAAGCCACUUGAGAGUAUGCAAGUUUGGGUGUUUGCGUGGGCCUUGAUCUUAGAGUGUUACUCCAUUUGAAACGGUGAGGAAGGGGGAACGAUCUGUGGAUCCCCUUGCAGAAGGGGGAAGGAUCUGCAUUGCUUUUUAAAAAAGGAUUAUUACUCUCAUUUUUAACUGUACCUUUUCUCAAAAGAAGUCUAAUGGGGCAGAAAGCUGGGUACUCACAUUUAAAAAUCCCUAUUUAUUGCCAAAGUAUUGAGGUCCUCUUUAGGGAUGUGCAAGGAACUGGUGACUGCCAGUUUGAAGGUGGUGGUGGGGAUAACUUUAAGGACUGGGAUGGGUGCUCUUAUCCCCCACUGCUUUCCCCCCACCGGCACUGUCAUUAAAAUUGGUCCUGCAAGGUGGCAGCGUACCUCCUUGCCACCCCAGUAUGUUG